UAUCCGAUUGUGCGAUCGAAUAGCAACAGCUUAUAGGAACCGGAAAUAUAAUCCGACAAAACCAUUGAAGUUGGGAGUCUCACAGUCUCCAAUCCCCAGAGCACAGAUCGCCGGCGUUUCCACCGGAAAUUCGACACCGUCGAUUUUGGCUGCUAAUCGCAGGUCAUCAUGUCGUGGCUGGCUCGAUCCAUCGCAAACACUCUCAAGUUCGACGACGACAACGACGAGGAAACCUACACCGACAAGAAAUCCCAAACUAAACAGCCCGAAAACCCUGAAUCCCCGAACGCCGACUCCGAGUCUUCUCCUCGUGGAGUCAAGGAGGACCUCUCGGAGAUUAGCAAAACCCUAACUCGCCAAUUUUGGGGCGUCGCCUCAUUCUUAGCUCCUCCUCCGCCGCAGCCCGAGCAGAAACCCGACCCGGAUGCAUCGGAGACGGAGGAUGGAUCGAUUCUGGGGAUUCGAGGUGACUUUGCUGAGAUUGGGGGGAAGUUCAGGAGCGGAAUUUCGAGGCUGUCGAAUAACAUAAAUGUUUCGGAAAUCACUAAAAUGGCUUCCAAUUUUCUUCAAUUGGAAUCGGAUGAUGAGAGCGGCGAGAGAGGAAGGAGUGUAGGUUUGGGCGAGGCUGCAAUCGGCGUGACUGAGGAAGUAGUGGCUUUCGCACGCGACGUGUCGAUGCAUCCAGAGACUUGGUUGGAUUUCCCUCUACCUGAAGAUUUUGAGAACGAUGAAGAUUUUGAUAUGUCUGAUGCCCAGCAAGAGCAUGCCUUGGCGGUCGAACGGCUUGCCCCAGGUUUAGCUGCCUUAAGGUUUGAAUUGUGCCCUAGAUACAUGAGUGAAAGCAACUUCUGGAAGAUUUACUUUGUCCUCCUUCACCCGAGGCUAGACAAAGAAGAUGCCGUACUUCUAUCCACACCUCAGGUCCUGGAAGCUAGGGCCUUGCUGACACAUGAUUUGAAGAACCGAAAGACAAUCAAAUCAGAAGAUAUUUCUGGGAAAGAUUCUUUAAUUCCACAGGAAACUUCUAUUCCACAUCAUGACGAACCACUUUCCGUGCCAUCACCUGUUUCUUAUGAUGAUAAGCAUGAAAACUCAUCUAACCUCAACCCUAGCUCUUCAACCAUGGCAGCUACUUCUGAUAUAGGAAAACAUGAAACAGACACAGAUGAAAUCGAAACUGUUGACAAGUCUGUCAUCUCAGAGAAGGAUAACAACGGACACGUGAAAUCUGAUUUGCCUGGCGCUUCUGAGAACAAAGAUGAAGAUGAUACAGACGACUGGUUAAAUGAAGAAGUCGGGACUGUGGUUGGGAAGAACAUUCCCAUUGAUAAUGAUGAUGAUGUCUCCUUUAGUGAUCUUGAAGAAGACGAUGGAGAUGUCCCUUCAAGCUACAGGAAAUCAAAUUACAGCUCUGACAAAGACUCGCGAGAUUGGGUUCAACUGGGGAAAAGUUCGCCCGACUCAUCCAAGGAUACUGAUGUGAAGCACUCGGAUGAGGAGAAUGCAUGGCUGGACGUCAACGAUAUUGUGGUCAGUUGACUCAUCUACUAAGCAGCCUCUUAAUAUAAUACGCUGUGAGUGUUUCUUUCUUUCUUUUUUUCUUACUUUCGCUGUCGAUAAGUCCAAUUUCAUGUCGUUUAUUGCAUGCUUUGAGGUUUUAUGAAUGAUAAUGCUUGUACAUAAGUGCACCUCUCCUAAAUAAACCUCGGACGGAUGCUGCUGAUUUAAAACAGUCUGAUAUUUUAAUUAAAGUCCCUCGUGAAGGCUCUUAAUAUACGCCGUCUUUCUUGCUUCGA